CAUAUCAAUUAUUAUUGUUGAAUAGAAAUCAUAUUGAGAGUGAACACCCACUGGUUUAUUCAAAAAAUUUACUGGAAAAUUCGUGCUUUUCUGAGUGAAAACUUGUGUAAUUAAAAAUCAACUGUGAAAAUGGCAAAAAUGGCAUUUCAGCACCAAGCCGGAACGGCUAUGGAAUGUUUAAGCAUUCCAAUAACUUUACACAAAGAAGGUGAAGGCGACAGCUUAAGGUGUGGUUUUAAAAUUGGAGGUGGUAUUGACCAGGAUUAUCACAAAAGUCCUCAAGGAUAUACUGAUAAUGGUAUUUAUGUGACCGAAGUACAUGAAUCAAGUCCAGCUUCACGCAGCGGUUUGAGAGUUCAUGACAAAAUUUUACAAUGUAAUGGUUAUGAUUUUACAAUGGUUACUCAUAAGAAAGCUGUUAGUUAUAUUAAAAAACAUCCUGUUCUAAAUUUAUUAGUUGCACGUAAAGGUGUAACUUCCACAUAAUUAUAUUAUUAAUUUUUUUUAUAUAAAAAAAAAGAAAAUAUAACUCCUAAGGAUUUUUUCUAAUAAUGUUUGGUUCGCAUUGUGAGCCUGCGCAGUAGGAUUUUUACACCCAGAAACAAUGAUGCGCAUGCGCCGAAGGACGAAGUUUUAUACAUAUUUAAUAUUAGCGUUACAUGAAAAACAUUUUUGUUAACAGUUAAAUACUAAAAAUGUUUAACCUUUAACUAAUCGUAAGUUUCGCGUGAUGUGACUUAGCGACUAGUUCAGGGUUAAUAGACAAUUUGUUACCAAGUUAUUUUAGGACGUUAGGUGAUUUAGAUUAAUGUUAUUAAAAUAAAAAUCGUUCGAUAAAAGAUAUGUAUAUAUAUAUAAGUUUUGAUAAAGAUUCUUGAUUAUGUGAGAUUAUACUCAUUGUCUUAAGUAUUUUUUGAUUAUUAAUUAAUUUAGAUUUCCUUUUUUUUGUAGUCGACUACUGAACAUUGCCAAAGUGUUACUGUUAGCAGUGUAAAUGUCCUUGUUUUUAUAAAUGAAAACGUUUAAUUUGCAAUAAUUUUUUUUCUAAUUAUUAUUUUUAUUGUACACGCCAUUUUUCAAGCUACAAGCGGACAUAUGUUGUUUAUUUCAUAUAUCUAUAUAUAGUUUUGUUUAAAAUAAAAGGUUUACAAAAAUC